AUGGGGAUGGUGGUAGUGAUCUCUCUCCCAUUCAUAAUCUUCUGUUUUCUUCUUGGCUUUGGAUGUUACUUCUUCGGAAGAGCCAGAGGAAGGAAAGAGGUUCAGACCAACCCUCAAGUUUACGGGAUGCCCGCUCCACCUCCUGGGGCUUCUUUCCCUUCGCCUCCUCCCUCUCAUUCCCAUUCCAAACCAGACAACGCUCUUAAUGAGAAGGGUAGACCAUUACCUAAGUUUGGGGAAUGGGAUGUGAAUGAUCCAUCGUCAGGUAGUGAUUUCUCCGUAAUCUUCACCAAAGCCAGCAAUGAGACGAAGUCUGGUUCUAAGGCCCAGUUACCCUCUAAGCCGAAACCACAACGCAACCUUCAAAUCUCUCUUUGCAAGCCCCGUUUUGAUGAUAACUUUGCCUUACCAGGCCUCAGCAUAAUUCCCGGAAAUCUGGAGCUUCAUUAA